UACCGUUCCUGCAACAUGGCUGCUCCCAUACGUUGCAAAAAACUUUAUUGUUAAUUUGCGACGAUUUCUUAUUUAUCAUAUAGAAUUUUCACUUUAUUAGUUACCUGUUUUCAUUUUGAAGGUAAACAUGAUGAAGCCAGUUUUCUUGUUUCUACUGCUUUUAGUUGGACAUUUAUCAGAUGCAAAGCCAAAGUUUGUGUCGGUAAAUCUUGAAGCAAAGUGGAGCUCUACACCAAUGCUUUUGGAAGCCAGUGAGUUUUUAGCAUCAGAAGGCAAUGAUAAUUUCUGGGGAUUUGUUGGACGAAUAGUGGAAUUGAAUCCUGAACUUGUUGCUCAAGAGACAGACGAGGCCACAUAUCACCUUAUUCAAAAAUUUUCUAGCAAAUUUCUAUCGCCAAUGUUACAGAACUUUUUGAAAAUGUUCCUGUCUUUGAGAUCCUAUUCUCCUACAGUAGAAAUGUACCAGCAGAUGGCAACAGAUUCUGGUCCACCAGAGGGUUGUGAUGCUUUUGUUUAUGUGCAUGGCCAGAAGUCAUGUGAUCCAAACAAAAUAGAGAGUUUGGUUAAUAGUGUAGGAAAUAGAGAUGGCCCAGCCCUUUUCAAGUUUGACCAUGUAUUCCCAUCUGGUAAGGCCAGUCCAGUGACGGUCAUUUUGUACGCACAGCUUGGUACAGCCGGUUUUAAGAAGUUUCACGGUAAACUUGUGGAGCUGAGCGAUUUAGGCAAAUUAUCUUACAUUUAUAGGCAUUAUAUUAAGGAUCCUUCUGAGACAAAAACACGACUAUCAGGGUAUGGUGUAGAACUUGCUAUCAAAAGUACCGAGUAUAAAGCUAAAGACGACACCAAAGUUGAAGAUCAACAUACUGAAGAGGGGGACAGUGGUGCAGAUGAUGAAGAUGAUCCGGACACAGAUGUUGAAGGUUUUGUGUUCUCUACUCUGAAAGACAAUCAUCCAGAACUUAAAGACGAUUUAAAGAAGUUUAAGACAUUUCUGAGUGAUUCUUCAUCAGAACUUGCAGCUUUUAAAGUGUGGCAGUUACAAGAUCUUAGUUUACAAGCUGCUCAGAAAAUUAUAUCAGCUGAUCCCAACAAUGCUUUACAAGUCCUGAAAGAAAUCAGUCAAAACUUUCCAACCAUGGCUAGAUCUUUGGUGAAAGUGUCAGUAGAUGAUAAGAUGAAAAAUGAAAUUGAGAAAAACCAGCAGUACUUUGAGAACUAUCAUGGUAUAGGUGGUGGUGAAUCUGCACUAUAUUUGAAUGGUAUACCUAUGGAUAUGGACGUCUACGAUAUAUUCACACUGUUAGACGUCAUGAAGUCGGAAGCAAAAAUCAUGGAAGGUCUAUUCUCACUGGGUUUUAAGGGAGAUGACUUGUAUAAGUUACUACAGAUAGAGACUAAUGAUGAUAAGCAGGAAUUUGCUCUAGAUAUCAGACACAGUGCUGUACAGUAUAUCAAUGACCUUGAGACAGAUGAGAAAUACAAAGUUUGGCCGGACCAGAUGCAAGACAUCUUGCGACCCACUUACCCUGGAAUGCUGCGACAUGUUGCCAAGAACUUCUUUAACCUGGUAUUUAUCAUUGAUCCACUAGAGAAGGACAGUAGGGAGUUACUGAAGAUUGCCGAGGCUUUCUAUGUUCACAGUGUACCAGUCAGAAUUGGUUUAGUGUUUGCUGUGAACUCGGCCAAGGAAGUGUGCGGGUAUGAUGACCCAGCAGUGGCCCUGGCGUACGCCUUUGAUUAUAUUAGACAGGAGGAGGAUCCACCUAAAGCCUUGACCUUUAUUACUGAUGUUUAUGAGACAGCCAAGACUGAUGAUAUUACUGUAGAUAUGAUAACAGCCGAGUUCAAAUCUCAGUUUGCUGAUGAAGAACUUGAUAAAGUGUUUGGGAAAAACUCUGAGUAUGAUUAUGUGAAAAAGAGUAGUGGAGACUUCUUGUCAAGGUCAGGUCUCAGUGACUUCCCCCAGGUGUUAUUGAACGGUAAACCAUUGAAGAAGAGUGAUUUGAACCAGGACAACUUUGAGGAAGGUGUAAUAUCAGAAAUCAUGCAGUCUACACCAGAAAUACAACAAAAUGUGUAUCAGGGAAGAUUAAAUGAGGGUCAUAAUGUAUUGGAAUGGCUCAUGGAGAAAGAUAAUGUUUUACCUAGACUUAACUCCAGGGUGUUGUCUGGUCCAUCAAAAACUCUCGACCUUUCUGAGAAUAUUGAAUCAGGUCUGUCUGAAGAUUACAGUACCUUUGAGAUUUUGACAUCAAAGGAUAUGAGUGCAGUUAUGGCCAACAGCAUGAAAUAUUUUUAUAGAAAUGAUGAGAGCAAUAUAUACCCGGUGUCAAUGUGGCUUGUUAGUGAUCUACAGACAGAGGCUGGCAGAACCUUGGCUUACUCUGCCCUUAAAAGACUUAAACAUUCCAAUGAUCUCAGACUGGGUUUUAUCAUGAAUGCUGCUGCACCAGGUACAGGUAAAGUUGAUAUCAACAAGGCUGUGCACGUAGCCGCAAACACCCUGUCUAAUACACUCGGCAAAAAUUUUAUCACCAAACUUGUGAAGGAGGAGAAUUUUGAGGCCCUACAGAGUGGAGACAAGACGCUGAAUGAUCUGGAAGUCAACGGAAUGGACAUGAAAGCAUAUCUAGAAGCCUAUGAGAAGCAGACUGGGGACUAUUUGAAAGUACACAGACUGUUUGCAGAAAGAGUCUUAGAAUUUGGGGCCAGUCAAAGAGGUCUAGUGACUAAUGGACAGGUUCUUGGUCCUCUGGGUGAUACAGAAGAGUUUAUUAAUGAAGAUGUAGAUUUACUGGAAUUAUUUGUCAAACAGAAAUCAGCCAAGAAGAUUAAAACCACACUGAAGGGAAUGAAAUUCACUGGGCAAAAGGGCAGCGAUUUACUGAUGAAGGUUGGUGGUCUUUUAGCAUCAAUGGAGAAAAGUAGGGCAAGAAAGAAGGUCAAUUAUGGAGGAGACCAACAUAGUGUGGUAAAGAUACCAGGUAACCCAGAGACCCCAGCGUUCCAGAUUGAGGCUAUAAUUGACCCGGUGUCUGCUGCUGCCCAGAAGCUCGCACCCAUCCUGAUGGUACUGAAGGACUUGUAUAACCUUGACAUCAAGAUCUAUAUGAACAGCAAGGAUAAACUGUCAGAGAUGCCAUUGAAGAGGUAUUACAGAUAUGUUCUCAAUCCAGAACUUAAAUUCAAAGCUGAUGGGAGUCUAACAUCAGGCCCUAUCGCCAAGUUUACCGACCUCCCAAACAAGUCAAUCCUGACCCUGGGGAUGGAGCCCCCAGAGAGCUGGCUCGUACAAGCUGUGUCGGCACAGUAUGAUCUGGAUAAUAUACUGCUGGAGGAAGUGAAAGGUGGCAUAACUGCGGACUUUGAUCUCGAAUCUCUACUAUUGGAAG